AUGCUAGUAUAUGGGAAUGAAAACUUCCUCUCGGAUGUAAUUUACAUCAUCCUGGAACUGGUCAUUGCAGUGCUGGCCAUCUUGGGGAAUGUCCUGGUCUGCUGGGCAGUCUAUCUGAACAGCAACCUGCAAAACGUCACCAACUACUUUGUGGUGUCCCUGGCUGCAGCCGACAUUGCCGUGGGCGUGCUGGCGAUCCCCUUUGCCAUCACCAUCAGUACUGGCUUCUGUGCCUUCUUCUAUGGCUGCCUCUUCAUCGCCUGCUUCGUCCUGGUUUUGACUCAGAGUUCCAUCUUCAGUCUCCUGGCUAUUGCCAUUGACAGAAUCAUUGCUAUCCGGAUACCCCUCAGGUACAAUGGUUUGGUGACCAGCUCGCGAGCCAAAGGUAUCAUUGCCAUCUGCUGGGUCUUAUCCUUCAUCAUCGGCCUGACGCCCAUGCUGGGCUGGAACAAGUGCUCCCAGAGGGAAGCUCAGGACACCAAUAACUCCUCGCUCAGCAACUGCAGUAAAAGCAUGGUAGCUUGUCUCUUCGAGACAGUGGUCACCAUGGAGUACAUGGUCUACUACAAUUUCUUUGCCUGUGUGUUGGUGCCCCUCCUCCUCAUGUUUGGCAUCUACUUGAAAAUCUUUCUGGCAGCCAGGCGGCAGCUCAAACAGAUGGAGAACAAGAUGGUACAUGGGGAACGCUCACGCUCUACUUUGCAGAAGGAAGUCCAUGCGGCCAAGUCUUUGGCCAUCAUCGUUGGGUUGUUUGCCGUCUGUUGGCUUCCACUCCACAUUAUAAACUGCUUCACACUCUUUUGCCCGGGUUGUGCCCGUCCUCCCCUCUGGCUGAUGUACCUGGCCAUUAUCCUGUCUCAUGCCAACUCCGUAGUGAACCCAUUGAUUUAUGCCUACCGGAUCAGGGAAUUCCGACUCACCUUCCGUAAAAUUCUCCGGCAGCAUAUUGUAGGCAAGAAGCAGUUCAAGACUGGUACUGCCAGUACUAGGACUUCCACUUAUGGUGGGGAUGGAGAGAAUGCCAGCAUUAGGAUCAGUGAGUACGCUCUGAACAUAUACGCCAAUGGGGAGCUGGGUGCUAUCCACAAAGAUACUGACAUCCAGGACUUGAGUAAAUGCAAGGCAGGUUUGGAAUGGCACCACAAUGGGAAUUCACUAGACAUGGAGAUAAAUGGGCAUCUCCCACAUUCCUGCAAAAAUGGGGACCUUUCAGAUGCAUGCGGGAACAUGGAACUUCUUACUGAAGAGCUAAUGGGCAUACGUGUCUCUUACUCUGAACUGGAGAAUUCAACCUUGGCAGCAGCUGACAUUUCCUGAUGACUCUCACAACGUCUUCCCACUGGAAUGAAAU